AUGAGAGCUGAAGAGAGACUUGUUUCGUUAGAGAAGAAAUUGUUAAAAGCACCGGAAGUAGCUGAACGAGACAAGGAAGUUAUGAACGCUAACAUCGAGAAAGGAUACGUUAGGAAGCUUGUUUCUCAGUCUCAGGCAGUGGGACCAGCCUGGUACCUUCCUCACUUCCCGGUGAUUCGGGAAGACAAACAGACGACAAGGGUGCGCAUAGUAUUUGAUUCUGCAGCAAGGGAACAAGCAACGUCCUUGAAUGACGCAAUGCUAACAGGGCCAAAGCUUCAGAAAGAUGUGAUGGAGAUAUUGCUUCGUUUUCGAGAAAAACCAGUAGCAAUAGUCGAUGACAUCAAGGAGAUGUUCUCACAAGUAAUAUUAGCAGAGAAGGACCGUCGGUUUCACCGAUUUCUUUGGAGAGACCUAGACCAAACUAGACCUAUUGAUGUCUACGAAGCUGUGAGGUUAACGUUUGGAAAUCGUGCAUCGCCAUAUCUUGCACAGUUUGUGGUGCGAAGUCACGCUGAAAGGUUCAAAAAGGAGUUCCCGCUGGCAGCAGCUGUUGUGCUAUCCAAGAUGUACAUGGACGAUGUGCUGGAUUCAAGGGACACAGAAGGAGAGGCGAUAGAGGUCCGUGAACAACUAACAGGGCUUCUGAGGCGAGGCGGAUUCCAAAUACGGCGGUGGUGCAGUAACAAAGCGAAUGUCUUAAAAGAGAUUCCAGAGGAAGAUCGUGCGACUGGGGUGAAAGUCGUGGAAUCUGAACUUCCUUGUCUGAAAACACAUGGAUUGGAAUGGAACGCGGGAAAGGAAGUGUUUCAGUUUACAAUCAACAGCAAUGUUAGCAGUAUGUUAACACAUACAAAGAGAAGAUUGCUCAGCCGUAUCGCAACGUUGUUCGACCCGCUUCAAUUCCUAGCUCCGUUCACCAUACGAGCAAAGAUGGCUUUACAAGAAAGCUGGUUACAAGGACUCGCUUGGGAUGAAAAGCUGCCAGAGGAUUUGGCGUACCGGGUGUCGCGAUGGAUUGAGCAGCUUCCACAGCUCGCAGGAUUACAGAUCCAAAGGUGCCUUCGCAGCGAGGGACAAGUGAGUGAAGUCUCCCUUCAUACGUUUACAGAUGCUCCAACAAGGCAUACGCUGCAGUUACCUACUUUAGACACGAGUAUGGAAGUGGCAACGUGA